UUGCUGAACUACAGUGUGUAUUUGCUGAAGGACUAUGUUGUGAAAAUCUUUCAAAGUGUUGGUUUUCCGUGAUUACGGGGCUCUUCUGGACGUCUGCUCGGUGGGUUAGGGGGCCCGUGUGACCGACUCUCCCGGUGGACUGUGUGCGCAGCCCGGGUGCGGCUGUUUCGGGCAGCUGCUUAGCGGUUUUCUGAUCUCUGACUGGAGGUUUUUUACUGCAAACCAAGUUAGCUCAACAGCUAAUCCUAAAAGUCACGUCACCUGUGCGGACUCGAAUUAAAAGUUUCCCGGUGGAGCCGGGACAGCCGGGUCACUUUUGACUGUGUGACCGUACAAAACUUUGUCUCGGGUGUUUUUGCGCCGGGUUCGUAUUUUAUCUCGCUUUUGCGCAGCCAUAAAAAUUGCGUUGGAGACAGCAGCAAGUGAAGCGUAGCUGCGGGUUUUAGAUGACGGUGAGACCCGCAACCGGACACGGAUAAGGUGUUUCCUUCGGAGGGAAAUGCGGUAGAGAGGACACCGCCUCGGUGUUCAGCCCGCUGACUUGGCGGCUCUGGGUUUGCUGCUCGUGAGGCCUGCGGGUCGGGCUUCCACCGGGCUUGAGUAGAGCCCGACGCCGACGUCGAGAGGUCGGAGGCCGGCAGUCGGCGCUGCCACCGCCGGGCCUGCGGUCCGAGUUAUGGAACGGAUGGAAGUGGACCAGUGCGCAGGCGCAGCUGGUGGGGCAGGAGGCGGGGCACUCCGCAGAUCGAACAGCGCCCCCAUGAUCACCAGUGUCAGCGAUGGGAUGACCGUCUUCAGUCCGGUGUCCUCGGCUCGGUACAGACGCAGCAGUGUGUCCAUCAACCCCAGCUGUCCCUCACAGCUCGUCCCUCUUUCUCCUUUCUCUCUGACCGGAGACAGACUCGACCACAAGAGGCAGGAGGAGAACAUGGAGAUGACGCUCAGAGGAAGUCUGCAGAGACUCAGUGCUUCCAGUCUGAUCCCAGUUCCUCCAGUCAGUCAGUGGCACAACCACACGUCAGUGUGGUUUCAGUCACAGGACAGUGGCGUCACACCCAACUCCUCCCCGAGUCCCACCAGGAGGUUCAGACCAGCAGUCAGUGCCACGGUCAGAUGGCCUGCGUUAACUCCACUCAAGAGGAAAGGAGGGGUGGAGUCUGACGGACCCCCAAAGAAGCUUUUUGUCGCCGGGGUGACAGAUCCCGCCCACCGCAGCAGCUACACUGUCAGUGUCUCACAGUCAGCGGAAGACUCUCCUCCUGCAGGAGGCGUCAGUCCUCAGUCCAGCCCUCUGUCUCUGUCUCCUCCCCCUUCCUUCACCCCCUUCACCUCCCACCAGCACCCCGGACACUAAAACCCUCCUCCCCCCUGCUCACCCAGAGUGCUGACCCUGUCACUGUGGGAUCAGACCGACCACCAGCAGCUCCAGAGACCCUCAAACACCUGGAGGAACAUCGACCCCAUCGCACCUUAUUUUGGUUCAAAUCAUCUGCCAGCAUCACUGUAAGCCCCGCCUCCCUAAUGGACAGACAAAUCACAGGAAGUGAAGAUGUGACACAUUCGGAGGUGAAGAUCACCUUCAGUUCAGCCUGCUCUCUGCUCUCUGAGCAGGAUAUUUCUUUUGCAUCUGUGAAGCUUCAGACUUUUUUGUUGGUCGGUCAUCACACAGCAUCACUCUUUCUUUCAAGCAUCAGGCAGAAGGACAUAUACGCUGUGUCACGUGUGCGGCUCCACCCCCAUCAGAGGGCGUGGCCUUGAGGUUCAAACUCCUCACUCUCAUGUUAAAGGAUAAACAAAGGAUUCAUCAGCAGCACCAUCGUGAGAUCACGGAAAACGUUUGGGAAACUGAGGACACACUGGUUGUGUCGUCAGACUGGAAUCGAUUGUGCUCACUAAAAGAAAAGGGUGUUGUUGGUAGUUGUGGGGAGCAGAUGAGCAACAGACACACCUCCCCAAUCUCAAUGUGUCCUGUGGACCAAGCAGCUGAUCCUGAUUGGUUGCAGAGAGGAGUUAAUGUUAUACAAGUUGUGCUGAUUCAAGGAUAAAAGAACAAAGCACCUAAACGUCUCUGCCUGAAGACGUCUCUCGUUCCUCAGCUUCAUUCUUCAGAUUUGUUCUGCAGACAUCAAAAGAGUCGGAGCCUUACAUGGGAUGACUUCCCAUUGGAGGAUGCAGCUCUAAUCUGACCAAUCAGUCGAUGCUGUUAGUGAAGCUCCAGAUCUUCUCUGAUCAGUUAUUCUGAAGAAGUUCUAAUAGGAUCUUGAGUUUUAAUCAAGAUGUAAUUGCGGGUGAUGACUAAAUGUUCUCAGACUGUUGAUCACAAUCGUCUCUCUAAAGGAGUCGAAGUUCUUCAGGAACAUUUCGUUCCACCCACAGUGAUACAGUCGACACCUACAGGAACUGAACUACACAGAGAACCUUCAGCCGGUCCUCUGCUUAUUGUCCUGGAGUCGCACUUGUUGGAAGUCAUGUAAUUUAUGAGGACAAUAUAGGAAUCACAUGAUUUAUUUAGACACGGUCUUGAAGAUGAAGUCAUGAGAACUCAUAACUGAUGGGUCUGUGGAGUAACAUCUGGACUCUCCCAGCACUUAAACAAAUCAGCGAACCAGGGUUACACACUACGCAAAGUUAGUCCCUCCAGGAGGUUGCAACAGUAAACGCAAAUUCAGCCAGACCUCGUGAAUUCUGCGCAGCCCUGCAAUUUUGUCCCAUCGAGGCAACUUAACCGCAAACGUUAAUAGCCCUUCUGUGCAGAGUUUGCAUGUUCUCCCUGUGUCAGCGUGGGUUUCCUCCAGGUGCUCCAGCUUCCUCCCACAGUCCAAAGACA